AUGAGGUUAUCCGCUGUUGCCUGCGGGCUUUUUGCCUGCUUCGUUUCUCAGGUCGCCGCUACGGCAUUGACCUACAAGAUCCAUGCCAACGAGAAGGCGUGCUUCUACGCCAAGACCCAGAAGGAGAACGAGAAGGUGGCCUUCUACUUCGCCGUCCAAUCCGGUGGUUCUUUUGAUAUCGACUACGUCGUGACGGGGCCGGGCAACAAGGUCAUUCUCGAUGGAUCCAAGGAGCGUCAGGGCGACUUUGUCUUCACUGCACAGCAGAUCGGCGACUACGAGUUCUGCUUCAACAACGAGAUGAGUACAUUUGCCGAGAAGUUUGUCGACUUCGAGAUCGCUGUCGAGAACGAGGUUCGCGCUCAGCUCCCCUCCAAGCAGGGUGCCUCUCAGGAACAACACACUACUCUCGAGGAGACCAUCUUCAAGCUUUCUGGUCAACUGUCGACCAUUUCCAGAGGCCAAAAAUACUUCCGCACCAGAGAGAACCGAAACUUCAGCACCGUCCGCAGCACCGAGUCGCGCAUCAUCAACUUCAGCAUGAUCCAGUGCGCAUUGAUUGUGUUGAUGGGAGCCCUGCAGGUCUUCAUUGUGCGCUUCUUCUUCCAGGGCGCUCGUAAGGGAUACGCUCCGAGCAAGGACGUGACGUCCAAGGCGAUCUUUGACUGGAAGAAAAAGCAGGAAGAAGCGUACACCCAAUACGCGACGGGCUCGGAAGAGCCAGAAUCACAGCGCGAACGGGAGGAAGGAGCAGAGGACCAAGGCGCAUCAUCGCAUUCUCCAACUGUCAGUACCCUUGACAGUAGCCAACCUAUUCGGCCGCCUCAUCGGCGCAAGCGACUUCAUAGUGAGCGCUUAGCAGAGGAAUACGAAAACUCUCAAAUUGAAGACUCAGAGGAGGACGAACCCGAUCUCUCUAAGCGACAUUGCAGUGAGCCACCGUCGCUGCUUUCAUUCGGCUCCGAGUUCGACACGGAUGCUGCCUCGGACAUUCUUCUCGAAGCACCGAGUAACAUCUUUGUCGCAAUUCCCUCCAAAGUAGAAUUUGACCCUACCGAAUACCUCAGUGUCUCGGGUUCUCAAGGUUCAACUUCGCAUGGGUCACAGCCCAUCUCUACGCAAGAAGACGAGGAUAACCAGGUGCUACUCACAGAGAAUCUCAGCCAAAGGACCAUUCCCGACUCACAGGAAUACUCAGGGCCUGACACCCAAGAAUCUCAAUUUGUUGCCUCAACAAUCGCGCUGAUCACUAACCGGUGUGAGAUCAUCUCAGACCGUGAGAUUGCAGAUUCACAAAGGCAGUCCAGCGUCGGGACUUCUCUCAGUAAGACUAGCGAAUCUCAGACGCGCCUCUCGUGUGCACCUACCGGUCGUCUUUCUCAAGACGCUGUUCAACAAAGCCCUUUGCAAGGUAGUCAUUCGGAAGUCUCCCAACACCGCCAGGAGGAUCCAGUCCUUUCAGACCCUGUCUUCUUCACGCAAUACUUUCCAAGUCAAAGCCAGCAUCUGGUGAUACCAAACACUCUUCCAUCCAUCCCGGAAAGCCAACUGCCAAUUUCAGAAUCUGCGUCUCCUCGACGAUCGCGCUCUGCAUCUCAAGACUCGGCAUUGUUGGCAGCCCAAGCUGCCGCUCAACUUGUUCAGGAGCAGGAAUCAGUACCGGCAUCUCUCACCGACACGUCUAUACCGUCACAUCAAGUUGACAGCCUUUCUGGACACAACGACGCGGAUCAAUCAUCGAGGUCAUCCGGAGGAAGACACCAGGAAUCUCAAUCAUCCGGAGCUCCCGUCUUUCUGACCCAGCCAGCUUUUGAGUUUGACCCGCCGUCGUCUUCUGAAUCUUCUUCAUCACAAGAGAAUAGAGCCGCAGGUAUCAGCGGUGGCUCAGGACAGCAUAUUUCGCAAACAGCCUACCAAGUUGAUCCGGCGCAAAUUACUGUAUCUGACUCUCAGGGCGACAGUAUUAACACGCAGCACGCUCAACGGGUUGUGCCCUUGCCUCAAAUCUCGGCGAGCCAAAUAGGUUCGGUUAGUAGCCUUACCGAGGAAGAGUUCAUUCCUGAUACGGUUCGCCGCAAACCACAGCAUCGACGUCUCUGCAUCGACAGCUCAUUGUCGGCUUCAGACGCGUCAUCGCACAGAAGCGUGUCAACAACGCCUUCCGGUCGCCUGUUCGCAAACCUACAGCAUAACCGACGCCGCCAGUUGCUAGAAGAAAGCUUUCGCACCUGCGUUGAAAGGAGAUCUCUUCCUCCGUCCAAUAGCGAGUCAGCACCAGCACCGGUCGUGGAAUCUAACCGACAAUCCAGUCUUCCCGCAGCCAUGGCGUCCACGGGUGAGCCGAUGUCGGCUAUUGAGGAGUUGCUGAAGAUGCAAGAGGCGGCCAUGAGCGGUGACUUGGGCGAUGACUCGGGGGAGCAUUUACGACAGCUUGAUGGGGACGGUGGCGUGGCGACGGGACCAACGGACACCCAUGAUUUCUCGAUGGCCAUGGAAAAUCCGUCUCUUCAGAUCAAUUCACAACCCCCUAUUUCCACAGAUUGGCACAUGGGAGGGGCUGCCACAUCUUCAUCAGAAUUGCCGGUUCUGACCAGCGCACCCGUUCAGCCCGCCAUCCAGGCGCCAGCUAGCGAGCACCCGCCGACGGCUAACCCUGGUGACAUCUUCUCUGGCAAUCUUAUGGCUGCUGAGACCGCACAGCAACUACCCAUGACGAUUUCUCCGUCGGACAUUAGUCGCUCGAUUGAGCCGGAUGAUCCUCUAGCCGCACUGCAUCAACUAGAUGAUGCGCCGCUGAGCAUUCUGCCUGCAGAAGACACGGCCACGGCGAAGAGCACGGCAUCAUCCCCUGAUGUCGAACAGUAUCGAUCUGGGCCCCCAACAUCGAUGGACCAAAGCGAAUACCUUGUUACCGUCUCCUUCCCAGCGAACAUCCGCCCUCUCUACCUGAGCACAAUCACGGUCUACAAAAACGAGAUCGAGCAGUUCAACAGACUCUGUCGAUCUGGCGAGGCUUUGCCAGAUGAGACGCUGGUGAGCGCCAUUGGAAGGCUUCUAGACCAGCUGCGUGAUAUCUGCGACCUCCCUGCGCCUCUCGACAAUGGCUCCAUUGAUGCGCUAGCAGCCGAAGAUCUCAAGAAGCACGCCAUGGGGACCAAUAGCAAGUUUUUCUUCGUCGGACGGUUCCUGGAGAGGCUCCAGACAAGCCACAAGAAGGUGCUCAUUGUUGUGCGCGACAUUACCAUCAUGGGUUAUUUUGAGGCCAUCAUUGGUACCAGCGAUAUUGCGUACUCAUUGAAGGGCUUGCACGAGCUUGAAAGCGACGACGAACAUUCUCUGAAUGUCGUUCUCAUGCACACGGAACAGACUCUCGUGGAUGAUUUGAGCGACUUUGACGUCGUCAUUGGUUUCGACGGCGGCAUCAUGAGGACUGAUGUACUGAGCCGCUGGGCCCAAAUGAACGGCAGGAAACCUAUGCUGAUUAGGCUGAUGACUACGUACUCAGUCGAGCAUCUCGAACCGAUGUUGGGGGACGAGAUGAGCAAACUAGACCGCACGAAUGCUCUGCUCAUUGCCAUGUUCCAGUCCCGGGGUCUGAUUAGUAAUGACGAACAGGGAGAGAUGAUUGAUGGACUCACGGCUCAUUUCGCUAACCAAGUUAUUGAUCCGGAGCCCAACUUUGGCUGGGAGCCCGAGGCCGUCCCGACUGCGGUUCUCGAUCUUUACUCCGACAGCCAACACCAAAGCCAGAUGCCCCCAACGGCUGAGGAGCUGACAAGUCGGAAGCGGAAAGCGGAUGAUGGACCCCAAGAGGUCACAAAGCGCCUGCGCGUGAGCCCUUCCCCAGGUCGAGAUGGCGGCAGCAUCGACGACACGGUCCGCGGCCACCUGAACCCCAACCCAACCCACGUACAGGUCCGCACGACGCAGGACCAUCUCGACUCGUUGACCACAAAGAUCUCUGAGCUCGAAUACCAGUUAGCAGAAAAGACGACUCUAGAGACAAACUUGCGCAAGCACGAGAAACACAUGGCUGCCCUGAAAGAACGCAGCCAAUUUGAGGCAGAACGGGAUGCGGCCAAGCAGACCGAGGAAAAGGCUCUCAAGAAGAGCCAAACCUGGCAGAACAAGGUACAAAAACUCGAGGAAGAGCUCAAGAAGAAGUCUGCAAUUCUCGAUGAAGCGCUGGUCGACGCCGGCACAGUGGCCACGGAGGUGUUCAAGCAAAAGACGGACGAGCUCGAGAAAUCCCUCGCAAAGAUUGCUGAUCUGGAAAAGAAGCUUGAGAGCCGCGAUGGCGAGCUCAGCUACGCGCGAGACGCCUACCAGACGGCCAACCACGCUAACAGUGAGCUGUCCCGGGAGAACAAGGAGCUCAAGGAGCAGGUUGCCGAGUUCCACAAGCAGGCGGCCGGGAGCCUCGCGCAGAUCCAGGACAUCAACUCCAAGGAGCAGAUCAAGGAGAUGCAGCGGCAAAUCGCCGAGACCCAGGCCAUCAGCCGGGACCGCGAGAAAGAGCUCGCGCGCGUGGAGAAGGAGCUUCGUACGCUUAAGAACGGCCGCAGGGAGACACGCCAACAGAGCGUCCCCCGAAGCCCGCGUCUCGGCAUGAUGAGCCCUAGGGCGCCGCGCACGGCUGGAGGUUCGGCUAGUAGGGGAACCUCGCCCGUUCCGUACGAGUCCUCGGGUACGGGAAGCACGCCCGUGCCGGGUAUGCAGUUCCUGCCAUCGAACAAUCACAGGUUCAACCACCUUAGAGAGUGA